UUAGGGAUUACGUGUUUCUCUUCUUAAUGUGCAAUUAAGAGACAAUUGGAAUUUUGCCCAAGUCCUAAUCCAUCUUUCAACCUCCCAUCAACCUUCAACUUCCUCUUUUUUGUUUUCCCUUCAUUAAGUCAAACAAUGAACAGCUUCUUCUUCCUCACGCCCAUCUUUCUCUUCAGCCUAACCAUUGUAUCUCUGCGAGCACCCGCUCUCUCGCUCGAAAAGAGCGUCGACUUGAUCAAGAAGACUUGCAAGAAGACGCCGUACCAUGAUCUAUGCGUCUCGUCCUUGAGAUCGUAUCCUGGCAGCUCUGGCGCGACUGUCCACGACCUAGCCGGCAUAAUGCUGAACUUGACUUUGGCGAACGCGACUGACACGUUGAGCUUCAUACAGGUACUGAUCAAUCAGACCGAGGACCCACAGCUGGAGAUGCCGUUGGACUAUUGUGCCGAGCUGUACAUACCGGUUGUGAAGUACACGCUGCCUCAGGCCAUCGUCGCCUUUGACAAGAGUCAAUAUGGAUUCGCGGAAUACGGAGUGUCGGAUGCGGGAGACCAGGCCGACACAUGCGAGAAGCAGCUCUCCAAAUCGAUGGCAUCGUCACCGUUGGGCGAUAGGAAUAAGCUCGUGAGCGAGCUGUGUGACGUGGCUGUGGCUAUUAUCAAGAUGUUGCAGCAAGGUUAAAGUUAGUCUCCGUUGAUGAUGAUCUCUCUCUCUAGCAACGUUCUUUAGAGAAGAUGAUGACACGUGGCACUUUGAGUGAAUGGUCUGAUUCUGAAGAUGAUGAUGAUAAAGGAUCCGUGAGAAGGAAACAUGAAUCUUGCUUUGUCCAUGACAUGGACUGAUUAUUUUCCUGUGGAUUGAUAUUUAUUAGUGAUCAUGAUGUAGCUUACAUAGGUACUUGUGCGAAA